AUGCAAAAGUCAGCCACUGACUCUAUGCAAGGAGCAGCGCCAGAACCAUGGCAAUCCAACUCGUCCAGUGUUACUGAUCUGCCCACGGGACAUGGUACAAAAUUCGACGAUGAAGCGCCCCGGUCGGCGUUUUCGGUCGUCGAACCACCGCCCGAACUGUCGACCUUGACGACACAUCUGACUGGCCAUAGUGUAGAUGUAGAUGAUGUCUUUCCCGAUGGAGGGUUCCGCUCGUGGUGUGUUGUUGCCGGCUCAUUUUGCCUCCUAAUGGCUUCGUACGGAGUCAUGAAUAGUUCCGGAAUCCUGCAGAGUUACUUACAUACUCACCAGCUGGCGAGUUACUCUCCCAGUGCAGUCGGGUGGAUUCCCGGCUUGUUCACUUUCUUUGGUCUGAGUGUCUCUGUCCAGGUUGGGCCUAUGUUCGAUCGAUAUGGUCCCAAGGGAAUUCUCAUUGCUGGAACUGCUCUCUAUGUGACUGGUCUCAUGGUUCUCGCGGAAUCGUAUCGCUACUGGCAUUUCGUGCUAACCCUUGGCGUUCUCUCCGGCACCGGGGGUGCACUUCUCAGCACGGUGGCGCUGGCUAGUGUACCGCAAUGGUUUGAUCGAAAUGCAGGCCUUGCCAUCGGAAUCUCCAUGUCAGGAGCCGGUGUGGGUGGCGUGGUAUUUCCAUUCAUGCUCAGAGCUGGCUUCACCAACCUCGGAUUCAAGUGGACGAUUCGAUUGUUGGCCUUGGUGGCGCUGGUGCUAUGUGCAGCGGGAUUUGUUCUGGUCAAGGCUCGUCUGCCGAAGGGCAGAAGCAGGUCCACCAUCAACUUGCGGUCUUUGAAAGAUGCAAGGUUUACCUGGUUGACGUUGGGUAUUUUCGCUCUGGAGCUUGAAGUCUAUGCUGGGCUGGGUCUUUACCCAACCUAUGUGAUCAUGCAAGGUUUCUCGACCGAUACCAGUGUUAUCCUACUCGCUGUUCUGAACGUAUUUUCCACGGUCGGACGCCUUCUGGCAGGAGGUAUAGCUGAUCGAUACGGCAGAAUCAACACUCAGGGCGCCCUUAUCGUCCUGGGUGCAUUGUCAGUGUUUGUCAUCUGGCUACCAUUUGGCGGAAACCUGGCAGGACUUUAUGUCUUCUCCGUCAUUUUCGGAUUGGCCUCGGGGUCAUUCUUAAGUCUUGCGCCAGCCUGUAUCGGACAAAUCUCAAGAGCCAGCGAGGUUGGUGGAAGAUUCGGGCUCGCGUAUUCCAUUGUCAGCAUUGCCACCUUGAUCUGUAUCCCCAUCGGUGGUGAGAUGCUCGACAAAGUCGGGAAGAGAGCCAUGGUGGCAUACUUGGGAAGUGUGUUGAUUGUCUCGCUUGGAAUGUUCCUCAUGGCAAGAUGGGCCUGUUUGAGCUACCGAUGGAGAUGGCAGACGAAAAUCUAG